AUGAAGGCUAAGGCUAAAGCUGCUUUUGAAAGGGCGAAACAAGAGCGUAUUGCCCAAGUCAAGCACCAGCGCUUGGAGGAGUUGAAGAACAGAAGAGAGAGAGAACGCAUUGCUGCUGAGGAGGCUGCUCGCAAAGCGGCGAGAGAACAAGAAAUGGCCAAGUUCAAGGAAGAAUUAAGAUUGCAGAAGGAGAAGGACGCCGAGAUUGCCAGAAAGAGAGCUGAGAUGGAGGCUGAACUUGCCGCCAAGAGGGAAUCUGCGGGUGCUCCAGCUACAUCUGGUGCCUACAGACCUCCAACUAGAGGUGCUUACAGACCACCAAUCGGUGUUGGAAGCAGACCAUCUCCAUCAGCUGCAGCACCACCGGCCGCAGCACCACCAGCCGCAGCACCACCAGCUGCAGCACCACCAGCAGAAGGUAAACCUUUGACAUUUGCCGAAAAGAUGAAGUUGAAGAGAGCUGGCCUUCUUAAAGAGUAG